ACAAGCCGCUGAUGGAGAAGAAGCGACGCCAGAGGAUCAACCGCUGCCUCAACGACCUCAAGACGCUGGUGCUGGAGGCCCUCAAGAAGGAUCCCUCCCGCUACAGCAAGCUCGAGAAGGCGGACAUCCUGGAGAUGACGGUACGGCACGUGCAAGCGCUGCACCGACACGACCUCGCGGGCGUGCGUGGGCGUGUGGCGGGCGGCGACGAGAAGGGCAAAUACCGGGCAGGAUUCACGCAGUGCGCUGUGGAGGUGACGCGUUACUUGGCCAACAUGGGCGGCAGCGUCCCUCAUGACCUCCAGACCAAGGUCAUCGCUCACCUCAACUCCGUGACCAAGAGUCUCAUGGGUCAGGGUUCCGGAGUGCCUGUGGGGGGCGGGUUGUCCUGCGGCAGCUCUAGCGUCGUUGUGAGCGGGGGCGUUGUCACCCUCACGCUGGCCCCCCUCGCGCCGCCCCUCGUCGUCACCACCGUCGCAGACUCGAGCACGACCUUGGCUGGACUCUCGGAGCGGUGUUCGGGCGUGUCGGGCGAGGUGCCCUUCCGGCGUCCAAGCGAGUCGGCUCUUAUGGAUGCCACGCCCUCGCAGGGCCCCGUCACCGUGGGCGCCGGCGUGACUCUCGUGCCCGCUCGGCUGGCAUCUGGUCAAGUGGCACUCGUCCUCCCCCCAGGGACGACGCUGCCCCCCUGCGACCCCCCGCAGCCCCACCCGAGCAAGCACUCGCUCGAGUCCGUUGCCCCGCCCUCCUCGAGCUUUGGCGCCUCGGACUCGCCGGCAGACUACUCCAGCAUGUCCCUCUCGACUCAGCUGCCGUCAACGCCCUCGUCCUUCGGGGGGCCUCGCCUCGUGACCUUCGCGAGCCGCCCUCACGAGGGGUUACUAUACAGCGUCUCUGAGGCGUCCUCGGCCCCUUACGCAACGCCCUUCAAAGGCCCGUCGGGUCUCGCGGACGCUCUCCCCCCCUCUUUUCUUCCGCCUCCGCCUCCCCUCCUUCCGCUCCCUGAGGACGACGGCUCUUCCUCCGCGGAAACCCUUUCAGGAGACGACGUUCCCUCCGACUCCACCCGGCCGGGAUCAAAGCUCCUCCUUCACCGCCGAAAAGGGAGGCCCUACGCUCUCCUCGGAGGCGUCUCGGGGCGUCGGCGAACACCACGCUGAAGUGAGACUCGUCUCCUCUGAAGCCUCUG